AUGAGGGCCACAAGUUGGCUACGAGUUGGUCUCGCGGUAUGCUCGCUGCUACCGGUUAUCUCGGGUUAUGCUAUUCGAGAUAACAAGGCCGUUGUCGUCAAACGGGGAUUCAUUGUUACAUAUAUCGCCGACAAGGAGGCAUUUGAAUCGAAACUAAUCAAACGACAAGACGAAGAAGGACAACAGAAUACAAGUGAGCCGGCCAGGACAUCAGCUGCGAGAUCUACACCUGUACCAUCUUCGAGAAGCGACCCAGCAACACGAAGCGAAGAGGAAAACAAGUCAGAACCAACGAGCCAGGCAUCAAAGACAGAGGAUUCGACAAAAACAGAUGUUGCUCCUACAGUUACCGGUGAUAACCAAGCUGUCGAGACAAGUGAUGUUCCUGAUGGGAAUGGACUGCCAUAUACACCACCUCUCACCCCGGCUUUUGCCUUUGCUGGAUUCCUGCUCCUUGUUUGUGGAUUACCUUAUACUUUGGCUGGAGUUAGACAUAAGCAAAUUCAUAUCUUCCUUAGUACUUGUCUAUUGGCAAGCUUGGGCGUUACAGUACUGAUAAUAUAUGUAAUGAACCCGCCCGUUUCCAACGCAUUACAAGGAGGAUAUAUUGCCGCUAUUGCUAUAACUGGCAUGCUAUUUGGUGGCCUAGCUGUUAUCUUCCCAGAAGUCACUGAGGUUUUGGCAUGCUUAUUGGGUGGUUUCUGCUUGGCUCAAUGGUUCCUUGUUUUGAAGGCCGGUGGCCUUGUCCAAGGCGGAUAUCAAAAGAUAAUUUUUAUUCUAUGUUUCAGCAUCGGUUUGUUCUGUCUCGCACUUCACCACAAAACCAGACCAUACGGUAUGAUAUUCUCGAUCGCAUUUUCUGGCGCUACUACUACGGUGCUCGGAAUCGACUUUUUCUCGAGGGCAGGGUUGAAGGAGUUUUGGUUAUAUGUUUGGGGGCUGAAUGAUAAUAUCUUCCCUCUCGAAACUAAUACCUUCCCGUUGACCCGAGGAAUUCGAGUCGAAAUCGCCGCUAUCGUUGUCAUCACUUGUUUCGGAAUAAUAUCCCAGAUGAAACUUUGGCAAGUCAUCAAGCAGAAGCGUGAAGAGCGUGAGGAACUUCGCAAGCAACGUCAGGUUGAUGUUGAGGCUAUGGAAUCCGAAAAUGGUCGUCGGGUUGAGGAGGCCGCUCAGCGCGAUCGGGAAGUAUGGGAGAAGCAGUAUGGCGAUAAAUCACACACUACGACUACACUUGUUCCUGAAGACCAGACAGUGAGCCCGAGUGCUAGCCAGAAGCAUUUGAGCAGAGAUUCCGGAUUACCACAGAGUACAAAGACUUCGACUGAUGGUGGAAGCUCUAAGGCUGUUGCCGCUGAUACUAUUGAAAUGGUUGGAAUACAGAAGGUCCCGUCGGGGCAAGAUGCUACCACUGCAACUCCUGGAGCCGAAGGUCAGGUACCGGUGCCACCCCACGCUCGGGAGGGAGAAACACAAGCUACUGUACCAGGCCAAACUGAAACCGUCCCCGUCCCAGUCGAAACUCCUGCUCCUACCGGCCCACCAGAACCAAAAUUCUUUGCUCCCGCGGUCGUGAUCCGGGAGAAAGGUGAUGUCGAAGAACCAACUGCUCCAGGGUCAUCUGCCAACAAUGGUGUCUCGGGGCUCACUACCGUUCACACUGUUAUCAUUGAUCCAAAUGAGCAAGAAGAUAACGAUGAUGCUUCCUCGCUUGCCACAUUCGCAGAUUCUGUUCAUGAUGACAAGAGAAAGUCUAUGCCUCUCAGCAUUGCUUCAAUUCAACCAAUGAACGAGAUCCAAGAAUUCCCACAUGAUGAUGCGGCGUCCUCCGUUGCUGGUGUUCUCGAUGAUGAGGAAGACGAGAGAUCGGAUGAUGAACUACCCCUUGUCGGUGAAGAUACUGGUAGAAGACGAUCCAUCGUUUCUCUUAAGGGGAGACGUAACUCGUUGUCUUCUAACAAGAGAAUGUCGAUUGUUUCCUUAGUCAGGAAGGCCUCGCAGCGAUCCAAUAAGUCUAAUAGGCCAUUGUCAGCGCAGUCGCAGGUCCCAUUGUCACCACAAUCGCCUAUUGAAGGGCCGAAGGAGGAGAAAGAACAAGAAAAUGCCGUGGAAGAGAAGAAGAAGGAAUCGACACCGAAUUCGCCUAUUGAACCUCCAAAGGUUAUCUCUAGACGGCAGUCUUUGGCACCACCAUCGGAAGGAGCAGCCCCAGAAGCUGCAGGUGAGAAAGCGGCUUCAGAAAAGGCUGGUGAGGCGAAAACAGAAUCUCGAAGAGGCUCUGUUGUUGGCUCAGUCAAGCAAGAGGAAGCUACUGCCCCGGGAUCGCCAGCUAAAGAAACAGCCAGCCAGCCAAAGUCUCGAAAAGAAGCCAAGGCGGCUCCAGCUGUCGGACCACCAGCUCCUCUCAGACAUGGAAGCCUUCAAAACAUCCGCCCGCCAUCAAAAAUUGUUAAGACAUAUCGAGUCAGUGAGUGGGCUAAGCAUCUUGACCCUGCGGAUGAACCACAGUACGAUGACAUCGAACCACUCGAAAUUACUGAGACUGUUCAAGAAAAGGCUGCUCCUGUUCACGUCAUGGAAUUGCAAGAGGGCGCAUCUUCUGCAAAGGUCCCACCUCCAAUCCAGGGUUUGAGCAGAAGUGAUACCUAUCAAUCUAUGCAAGCUGGAAACGUGGUUAGUAGGACUAAUACUCUAACCACGAUCCGAGAAGCACCAGUCUUCGUCCCGAAUAUGCAAGGACAAACAAUGAUUAUGCAAGUUCCUACACAUGUGUACCAAGCCCAGGCUCCGACCUCGCCCAUGGUCCCUUCAUCCCCACAGAUUCCCACUGUCGUCGUCGCAUCCCCACCCCCAUCGCGCGGUGGCCCACCACCACCACCACCCGCACAAAUGCCAAUCACUAACCAACCAAUUGUCGAGUCUCCAACUGAGGAUGUUGAAAUGAGCAUGCAACAGCGAGCUGUUUCACCUACACCAUCCCAACUUCCUCCCAUGUGCGAGACCCUCCUUACCAAGCGUGAAAGCAUGCUUAAAGCCACGCCGAACUUCUCUACUGUCGCCGAUAACACCUCUCUCUACGGCCAAUCGAUCACUCAGCCACAACCUUCUUUCCAGAACCCAAGUUUACCCAAUGCUUCUGCCUCGACCCUAAGCUUAAACCGUCGAUCAGCAUCCGGUGCUUCUAUGAUUCAGCAACAGCGUAGCAGCAGUGGUACAACAUACGCUGCUAGCAUGAUUGGCAGUGCUGCUCCAAGCAGCCGUAUUCCAUCCAUGGAAAUGCAACCUGGUAUGAUCGGAGGCUAUAGUCCAUAUAUGGCUCCAAUCUCGCCUGUCAUUCCAUCAUCACCCAUGAUGCCUAGUAUUCCAGUUCCCCAUGGUGCUGUCGAAACGGCACCUCCACAACCCCCACAACCGUCGCCAGGUGACCGCCGCGAACAUAUGUUGAAAGCGUGGAGGGAAUCGUUGAUGCAAGACCAAGUUAUCAGUGCAAGGACACAUAACUCAAUCCAGGGUCGACGGAAUGAGAUGAUUCAGGAAUCUGCAAUGCAAAAUAUGUACGGAAAGCAGAAGGAGAUGGAGAGAGCAAUGAGGGACAACGUGGUAGAGGACAGAUAUAGGAACAGGGAUAUGCUCUCAAUUCACCGAGAAGCUAUGAAGAGGAUGCAAGACAAAGCUAAGGGGAUAUAA